ACGUGUGAGCCCGAUUGACCAAAUACCUUGAAAACAUCGGAAAAGUCCAGCAGCCCGUUUGGGCCGAAUUGGACCGGAAAACACGUCGACAAUUUCUUUGGUAAAACCUAACUCGUAAACGGAAACGAACCCACGUUCGACCUGCCGGGGACUUUCCUCCUCUCUUCCCUUCAGUUUCCCGCGUCGGCCGGCGCUGGUUAUAUAAAUACCGCCCAAUCCCAAAAAACUUCAUCCAUCGAUCUCUUCAUAGUUCAAUUCAAUUCCCUUCUCCCCGAAAAUCAGCAUUCAAUUUUCCCAAUGGCGACACGGACGCUCGAAUUCACAAUCCUCUCCGCGGAGGAUCUCCGGCUCGACGGCGGGAGGCCGGUCAGGAAGAACACCUUCGCCGUCGUGAGAACCGACCCGUCGAAUUGCGUGUCAACCGGGACAGAUUCCGACGGCGGGAGCUACCCGAUUUGGAACGAGAAGGUCGUAGUCGCGAUGUCGAUGGCGGCGACUAGUUCGGUGACGGUGGAAGUGCAGUGCCGGGUCGGGUCGGGGAACAGAGUCGUCGGGGCGGUGGCGGUCCCGGUUUCCGAUUUCUUGGGGGACCUGACGCCGGAGGAUUACCUGCAUUUUUUGAGCUACCGGCUGCGGGACCCGCGAGGGGUUAAGAACGGGAUCGUCAAUUUCUCGGUUAGGGUUAUCGGCGGCGGCGGAGGAAGGGGAGGUAGUUGUUCGGCGGCAGCGAGGAAGGAGAUAGUGGGGGCGGGGUUCGGCGGCUGUUCCACGUACUCUCCUUCGUGGGGCGCGCCACCGUCUUCGUCAUGGAGAAUGCAGGUGGGAGUGCCGGUGGUGGGCGGCCGGAGCAAUUACGGUGGCGGCGGAGUGGUCACCGGCGUUCCUGUUUGGGGCUCGUCCCGCGCUUGAGUUCAUGUUCGUUGCUGAUUGGCAAUCAGCGGGGUUCCGAUUGUAUAGUGAUAGAUAAUUAACACAGAGAGAGUAAAUACUUUUUGUUAAACGGAUGGAAGGUUGAUCAUUAUCCAAGUGGGUUCAAAAUUUGAGUGAUAUAUACUCUUCUCUAGUUUUAAUUUCGCUUUGUCUUAAAAUCCAACUAAAUGUCCACAGAGAUGGAUCAUGGAUGUUAACUUUGUAAGUAUCUUAUUAAAGGAGUUUUGCAUAUGUCGCACCUCGGGCUCCUCGUAUCUCGCACCAGUUUUUCGCUGAUGGUUCUUACUUGUUCUCUCGGGGAUCGCUUCACGAAUGCGAAAACUUGAUUCUGGUGCUAAACGAGUAUGGGGAACUUAGUGGACAGCGGGUUAAUUUGGAGAAGUCAGCGGUUUGCUUUAGUCGAAAUAUUAUCCUUCCGGAUCAGGAGUUCCUCGCCCAAAUCCUCGGGGUGGGGGCAGUGGGGGUCCAUAAUAAAUAUCUAGGCAUGCCUACCCUGAUAGCCCGAUCGAAAAUGGAUACGUUUAGAUACUUGGAGGAAAAGCUCCUGGCUCGUCUUCAGGGAUGGAAACAGAGGACUUUAUUUUGGGCAGUGAUAGGGCAAAAGCGUAUAGCUUCAAUUCCUAUCUCGUAGUAAACCGGAAGUCCGGGUAUCGUCUCUCAGGGACUGGUACAACCUUAAGUUCUAUCAAUUUUUAUUGAGCAAACUAUAUGUGAAAAUGUUUAAUGAGAUGAAACUAUGAUCUACUAGCAAAGUAAUUAAACAAAACAAGCAAAUUAAAAUGUCGGGUUUAAUUCAAGGGGAGAAAGCUCUGGGAGAAACAUCGGGAUUCACUACCUAUCCUAUCCAGAUUAAUUCACAUAUUCUAAUCAGUUUAAUCCAACUCUCUACAGCCAAGAUAUCACGAAUGUGCUAGCUAUCCCUGUCGGGAAUUACUACGUACUAAAUAAUCAAUUCAAAUCCUA